AGGCAUGCUGAUUUCACUAUGAUCGUCUCCACGAUUCGUAGAGGUGUAUUGCAGACUUUGCCUGGUAACACAGAGCACACGUACAUCGCUGAAGACAAGUAUGAAGUUUUUGCUUCUCCUAUUUAUCCUGGGAGCUUGUUUAUCAGUACCAACACUUGCGAAUUUUUGCUGCCAUGCGACGUUCACUCCAUCUUGUAAUUGGUGCCCAAAUACAAAGAGCAACGUGAAACUGAGGAUUAUAGUUUUCAAAACCGAGAAUCAAUGCCACGAUUAUUGUUUCACGCAUAAUUUUAAAGCUUAGUAUCAGCAAGGCAGAUGCAAGCGAUAAACUACGAAACAACGAGCAGACUUUCUCUCAUUGCCUGUAUUUCCUUGUGAUGAAUUACGAAUAAAGCAUUGUUUGCGGCAC